CCCCCCCCUCUCUCUCUCUCUCUAGUAUUACUCAAAUAAUAAAAGCAACAAAUUCAGAGGAAGAGUCCUCUCAACCUCUCCCAUCAAUCCCUUCAUCCACCACCAUAUGUAAUUUCUUCAAAAUAUGGAAAUUCUCUGAUCAAUCACUAUGCUCCUCCCCCUUCUUCUUCCUACCUUUGCUUUUGUCAUUUCUUCUUCUCUACUCUGUAGUUAACUCUCUCUCUUUCUCUUUCCAUAACAAAACCCUAGAACAAGCAAGAAAAACAAAACAAACAGAGUAGUGAUCGGUCCAGAUCAAUAUCCUUCAUGGAUUCAAUUCCUGAAAUGGACAUCACCACCAUCACAACCGCCGCCACCAGCACGACGCUACUGCCAGCGUCAUCAGAGUCGUCGUCUUCGCAAUCUAGCAGUCGUUACGAGAACCAGAAGCGUCGGGACUGGAACACAUUCGGCCAGUACUUGAAGAACCACAGGCCACCACUGGCCCUCUCGCGCUGCAGUGGAGCCCACGUCCUGGAGUUCCUUCGAUAUCUGGACCAAUUCGGGAAGACCAAAGUUCAUACCCCGAUUUGCCCCUUUUACGGCCACCCGAAUCCCCCUGCCCCUUGCCCUUGCCCUCUCAGGCAGGCCUGGGGCAGCCUCGACGCCCUCAUCGGCCGCCUCCGCGCCGCCUUCGAAGAGAAUGGAGGGAAGCCUGAGGCAAAUCCUUUUGGUGCUCGUGCUGUGAGGCUUUAUCUUCGCGAGGUUCGCGAUUUGCAGUCCAAAGCUAGAGGGAUUAGUUACGAGAAGAAGAAACGUAAGCGUCCACCGCAGCCACCACCUACACUGCAGGAACAACACCACCACCAACUGCAUGCGCUGCAGUCACCUCCUCCUCCAGGUGCAACUACUUGAUUUGGUAAUUUCAUAUCCAGAAACCAAAAACAUGAAGCAGUAGUAGUUAUUUCUAGUUGUUCAUUAAAUUAAGCGAAAAUGAUAGGGAUCCUAGCGGUUGAUAUCUCAAUUAUCUCCGCUGUUGAGUUGUACGCACAAAAUUUUAUGUGCAUCAUGUGGACAUGUUAAUGGUUAAUCUGUAUUGUUAGCUUAAUUUAUGGUUAAUCUGUAGUAUGAAACUAUGAAUGGUACUCAAGGUUUUUGUUGGUUUUUUUUUU